AAAUUUGGAGCAGUUUUCUAGAUGUAUUCAUGUUUUAUCGUCGAGUUUAGGUUUUGAUAUAUUUCUAACCUUCAUUUAAAUUCCAAGACAAUUGUAGCUGAAUAGAUUUUGAUGAAACGGCUUUUUCCCUUUCUUGUCUCGGUGUCAUUUAAACUAUGAACCACUUAACUGUCUGAAGUUUUUUCUUUUUAUUUGCAGGUUGAUUAGUAGCCACAUGGCUAUCUUUCACGACAGCCGUGACAACUUCAAAUCUAAAACUCAAAAUGGCUCAAGCAGCGAGCAUAAUCACAAAGUCUGAGUUACGGUUUUAUUAACCUGAGGAUGGAAAGCAAGUUCAUAUUUUUGUUAACGAUCAUCACGAUCUGUGAUUGUCUGCCCUCUGCACGUGAUUAUCCGUCAAGGCUACUGAUGAGUCCUUCACAAAAUCAGAAAAAAACGCCAGGACGCCAAUGUUACUUCCGUAACCACAAGAAAUCUUGCCGCAAUGGUACCUCCUGCGAAGUAGUGAAAACUUGCGAAAACGGUUCCUACUGCUAUUCGCUUUAUAAUAAUAAAACCUCGCAGAUGCUCCUUAAAGGCUGCUGGCUCCCAGACGACCAGGGUGGUAAUAGUUGUUCGUCGGCAAAAUGUAAAUUUCAGGCAGUCAGAUCGCCUCCCUAUUAUUUCUGUUGUUGCAAUACCGAUCUGUGUAAUCACUCCAUCCCGCCACCAAUCAAAGUUUCAGGGAGAAAGAAGCGGAAGACCAUCUGAUGACAUAAAGCAACUAAUAAUUUAAGUAGCUGAAAGCCGAGUAAGACGUAGGCCGAAGCUUGAACAGUUGAGUAGACGCCCUGGCUGUAGCCCGUUAGUGUUAAGAAAAAAAAACUAAAACUGCUGUUGUAUAUGAAAUGACUUCCCAAAAGACCAAUAAAAUUUGGAUUUGUAGAUGGA